AUGAUACCUUCUGACGCAGCGAACGACGAUGCCACCGAGACCGUCUCUGGUGCCGAAUAUCGUAAACUUAUUUGGAAACUCGACGUGCAUCUACUACCGCCGCUCUUCGUAUUGUGGUUCAUUUCCUUGAUUGACCGCGUUAACAUCGGCACGGCUAGGAUUCAGGGCCUUGAGAAGGAUCUUGGCAUGAAUCCUCUAUCCAACCAAUUCAACAUUGCAACUGUUGUCGUCUUCAUUGGCCUCAUGCUUGCAGAGGUGCCAAGUAACUGGCUAGUCAAACGAUUUACGCCGUCAACCGUGCUCUGCGGAGAGUGCAUAGUGUUAACAUUGGUAGGGAUCUUCACCAUUGCUCAGGGCCUAAUCAACAACUUUGCGGGCCUUGUUGCCCUACGCCUCGUCAUUGGCAUUUUAGAAGCUGGACUCAUACCUGGUUCCAUCUUCUUGCUAUCAGCGUACUAUCCACGAUAUGAACUACAAUGGCGAGUCAGUAUGCUGCACGUUGGCAACGCGCUCUCCAAUGCUGUCGGUGGCCUCCUUGCCUAUGCAGUGGCCAGCAUUCAUUCGUCGAAUGGAUGGCAUGGAUGGAGAUGGAUAUUCAUCAUUGAGGGAUCAAUUACCAUUGCUCUUACGCUCCUGUGCUGGCCUUUCAUGAACAACUGGCCUGCCACGGCAAAGUGGCUGAAGCCGACGGAGAGAGACGUCUUGGAGGAGCGGAUUCGAGUUGACGGCAUCAUCGGCCGCAUGGACGUCCUAGACCGCAGGGCAGCCGUUCGAUGCCUCACAGAUUGGAAGAUUUAUCUCAGUGCCUUCAUCAUCAUCGGGAUUAUCUCAAGUGUAUACUCCUGCACCCUAUUCGCUCCGACUAUCGUCUCGGUUCUCAAACCGGGGUCCUCUGCCAAGGAGAUACAGUCCCUCGUCAUCCCGAUCUUCGUUGUCGCAUCAGCCACAACUUUGACAUGCGCAUAUAUCUCAGACAAACUAAAGCACCGCGCGGGCGUAGCGUUGGCAGGCUGCUUCAUCGCCAUUGUAGGCUACAUUGUCAUCCUCAACCAAGAGCGUGUCUCGGUGAAUGCACGAUACGGAGCCCUAUAUCUCAUUGCAUCUGGCUCUUUUGCCGCCCUACCCGGAGCUUGGAUACUGCUGCUGAAUAACGUCUCCGGAUCCUAUAAAACGGCCUUUGCGAUGGGUAUGGAGAUAGGCUUGGGCAACGGCGGCGGCUUCGUGGCAUCAUUCUCCUUCCAAUCCAAGGCGGCUCCAUUUUACUGGACGGGUUUCAGGACAACCUUUUCCCUCAUGUGCAUGGCUAUGGGACUCAUCUGUCUUUACUCUGCCGGUCUCUGGCACGAAAACAAGCAGAAGCGCUCUGGAAAGCGAGAUUACCUUCUGGAGGAGGAGGGUGAUAAUCUGGGGGACGCCCAUCCCGAGUUUAUCUACACUUACUAG